AAUACGUUCUACUUUAAAUGAGGAAGAAGUGUAAGGAAAAGGGCUUUCUGAUUAAAAGACAUCUAAAAAGUUAGUAGGAAAAACGAAAAAGGAGAAUGGAAAAAAUGAAUUUUGUUGUCAUCAUCUUCUAUACUAUGAAUUUCCGUCUUCUCAUGGAUAAACAUUCAGCAUAAAAGGGUUAAUACUGUGUACCCUUUUUUGUGCACUGUGGAUAUCCAUCGAGCGAAAAGAGUUUUAAUUGAGGAGUAUGUACUUGGAUAGAUGUGUCGAUAGUCGGUACGUUCGCGAGAUGAUUCUCGUUAGAACUGCGACGUAGACGAUUGUGUUUUUUAUACACAUGUUUACUUUUUCAUUCUCGCUCGAGGCGGCCGGCGCUUUUUCCCUGCCGUUUUCAGAGCGUUCUAUCAGCGACUCAGAAUGACUUUACCCUCCAAGUGCGGCGGAGGUGCGUUUGCAAAAACACAGUACGGAUAGUUCCGGAUGAAAGCACAGCACGGAAUUUACAUCGUUCAGGCUCAUUUGGUUGGUGAUUAUUGAUAAACAUUAGCAGCUGUGCUGGGGGCAAGCGCCUCGUCGUUUGUUUUGGCUGAGCAAUUAUCACGAACCGGGCAGUGCUGAUAGUUGCAAGGACUGAAAACAAAGCAGUUAUAGAAAGUAAAAUUUAUGGUGAAGUGUGGUUGCUGAUCAACGUACGCCAUGGAGGCGAUUCAACUGACGGAAGUGGAGAAAGCCGCCAAAUCUCUCUUUACCAAGCUUGUAACCGAAGCCAGCACAAAACCAUGCGACAUCGGCAGUGGCGCCGAUUUGGAACUGAAAUUACCUCAGUGGUUCGACGAUGCCAAGUUCAAAAGAGGGCAAAAGUACUUUUUCGACAACCGCUUCGGUAUGAUGCAGUCUAACUUUUGUGGUUUGAUUACGCUGCUUUGCGAACCCAAAGGCUUGACUGUUCUAAACAAUACCGGUCGGUCGAGCACGCCGGAAACAGCUCGCAAGCGGUACAUCUCCACUAUUCUACACAUGAUGUCCUGGUACGAGAUCGACCUGUCUCCGGGAUCCAAAUCGUGGUCAUCGUUGAACCGUGUUCGCAAAAUGCAUCUGCAUGCCUCGAAAAAGUCCGAACAGAAUAGCACCGGUUUUAUCACGCAAACGGAAAUAGCUUUCACCACAUUCGGAUUCAUGGGCUAUGCGCUGAUCCGUCCCCAUCUGCUUGGCAUUAGGUACGAUAACGAUGAGGAUCGUGAGGCAUUGGUGCACUUUUGGGCUGUCAUUGGCGCAAUGCUAGGUGUGCAGGAUCAGUACAACAUUUGUCUCCCCAAGUUGGCGGUUGUGGAAACGAUUUGCCAGAUGUGCUUAAGGUAUAUUUUUAUGCCACUGCUUCAGUUCGAGCCACCAUUGUUUAAAACGAUGGUCAAGGCUGUAGUGGAAGGACUGAGCGAAUUUACACCGUUCAAUUCCUAUGACAGCAUGAUGUGGUUCGUGAAACGGGUGGCCGGUGUUCCCGGGUAUCAGUACAGUGUCGAUAUGGAGAAAGAAACUAUUUGUCGGAGAAUCUACAACAACGAUGAGUUGAUGUCGAUGAAACAGCUUAAUCUUGGUAAGGCAGGGUACGAAUACAUGAACGGUGCUAUUUUUGACGAAAGAAUAUUACUGUUUGAGGUGAAGAAGGUUUCCGAAGUUAGUGAGGUUAAUCAAAACACCUUGGAUUCUAGCACUGUCACCGGUGUUUACAGUGAACUGCAUGAAGAUGGCAUAAAAAAGAAGCAGAUUGUAGCAAAUCUGCUGCAACUUAAUCACAACGAAGAAGUGGUGAUAACGGUAAUCGAAAACGACGAUGAAUGGAAAAAUCACCUCAAUGAUUCAAAAUUAAAGAACUUAUCGAACCAGGAUUUAGGAUACCUGAAAUUUAAGUGUAGGCUGUCGGAAAAUUGUUAUUCAAAAAUAGGAAACUUUAUCAACGAAGCUAUGCUUAGUUUGAUGCUUUAUCGUAUUAGAAAGGCUCACGCAAAAUAUUAAUGAUUGUAGUUAACUUUAAAAUAUCUGCAACAUGGAAGGCUUUACAAGCAAACUAAAUUGUGAUGAACUAUUUUAUGACAGCAAUAUAAUUGUGAUGGAGAGCAAUAAUAAAUGGCUUUAUAUUUAGGUCUAAUUGUUACGAUUCAUAUUCAUGAUAUCUUCGAGAAACUACUGUUAAAUCGUGGUGUGAGCCGCGAUAAUUAGAUAUUGAAAUGACUAUUCUGUGAAUAUUUCAAAAGUUGAACCGGCUUAUUAAUAAAUAAAUAUUAAGAUACAGUUUUA